CUUAAGGCCCUUAACUUUUCCAUAUUCUUUUCUCCACUUUUCUCAGGCCACUGGCUGGCAUGUUGGCUUCUCUUUUUUACUACCCAAAGAAAAAAGCCAUUCCAUCUCUCUCUCUCUCUCUCUCUCUCUGACAUCAAGGCUUUGAACAAUUGAAAAUUCAACCACUUUCAUUCUUUUCCAAUUUUACCAAAAGUCGUAUAAAAAAAAACAUACCAGCAACAAAAUUAUCAGUUGAAAGUUGGUUGUGUGUGAGCAACUUUAGCUCAUCUUCUAACCAAAACAAAAUUCCCAUCUUCAAUAUCAUUUCAAGAAUAUGAUUCAAAUGGGAAUUAGAAUAAAAGUUUCCAUUUUUCUCUUGUUGUUGUGGAAUUUUUCUGGAAAUGGUUUGCUUACUGAAAAAGGUGUUAAUAUUGAAGUUCAAGCUUUGAUGGCUAUUAAAGCUGCUUUGAAAGACCCACAUUCUGUUCUUAAUUGGGAUGAAAACGCUGUGGAUCCAUGUAGUUGGAGCAUGAUUACUUGUUCUUCAGAGAAAUUUGUCAUUAGUUUAGGAGCUCCAAGUCAGAACUUGUCCGGUAGCUUGUCGCCCAGCAUCGGAAAUUUGACAAAUCUUCAGUCUGUGCUUCUACAGGACAAUAAUAUAUCAGGAACAAUUCCAAUGGAGAUUGGGAACAUACCUAGCCUUGACACUCUUGAUCUUUCAAGCAAUGGCUUCCAUGGAGAAAUUCCCUCUUCUCUUUCCCAUCUUAAGAGUCUUCAAUAUCUGAGACUAAAUAACAACAGUCUUUCGGGGGCUAUUCCUUCAUCUUUGGCCAACAUGACUCAGCUGGCAUUGUUGGACCUGUCUUUUAAUAAUCUGAGUGGCCCAUUGCCCAGAUUACUAGCUAAAACCUACAACCUUGCUGGGAAUUCGCUCAUUUGCUCACCUGGGUCAGAGCAUAGCUGCAAUGGAACUGCUCCACCUCUCUUAUUUGCUGUCAAUACAUCUCAAAAUCCACAACCUUCUGGGAGAUCCAAGGGCCACAAAUUAGCCUUAGCUUUUGGCUCAAGCCUUGGAUGUGUUUUUCUGUUAACCAUUGGGGUUGGCUUCUUUAUUUGGUGGAGGCAACGACACAACCAGCAGAUUUUCUUCGAUGUUAAUGUUUCAGAUCAAAGAUUUGAAGAAGUUUGCCUUGGGAAUCUAAGGAUUUUCCAGUUCAGAGAGCUUCAAGCCGCUACAAACAACUUCAGCGGUAAAAACUUGGUAGGAAAAGGUGGAUUUGGGAAUGUUUACAAAGGGUAUCUUCAAGAUGGUACAAUUAUAGCAGUGAAAAGGUUAAAAGAUGGAAAUGCAAUGAGAGGAGAAAUCCAAUUCCAGACUGAAGUUGAGAUGAUCAGCUUAGCUGUGCACCGGAACCUCCUCCGUCUCUACGGAUUCUGUAUGACAACCACGGAAAGACUGUUGGUUUACCCCUAUAUGUCGAACGGCAGUGUUGCAUCUCGUCUCAAAGCAAAGCCAGCUCUGGAUUGGAGCACCAGGAAAAGAAUAGCAUUGGGAGCAGCAAGAGGGUUACUGUAUUUGCACGAGCAAUGUGACCCCAAGAUUAUACACAGAGAUGUCAAGGCUGCAAAUAUAUUGCUUGAUGAUUAUUGCGAGGCUGUGGUGGGAGAUUUUGGACUGGCAAAGCUGUUGGAUCAUAGAGAUUCACAUGUAACAACUGCUGUACGAGGAACUGUUGGCCAUAUAGCUCCUGAGUAUCUCUCCACUGGCCAAUCUUCCGAGAAAACUGAUGUGUUUGGAUAUGGAAUUCUUCUUCUUGAGUUGAUCACAGGACAGAGAGCUCUUGAAUUUGGAAAAGCUGUUAAUCAGAAAGGAGCGAUGCUUGAUUGGGUCAAGAAAAUUCACCAAGAAAAGAAGCUUGAACUACUAGUUGAUAAGGAUCUAAGGAGCAAUUAUGACCGAAUUGAACUAGAAGAAAUGGUUCAAGUAGCUCUCUUAUGCACACAGUAUCUUCCAACCACCAGACCUAAGAUGUCUGAAGUGGUCAGAAUGCUUGAAGGGGAUGGACUUGCGGAGAAAUGGGAAGCUUCUCAGAGGGCAGAUGCAAACAGAUACAGAGUCAACGAGUUCUCUUCAUCGGAGCGAUAUUCUGAUCUUACAGAUGACUCUUCCCUGCUUGCGCAAGCCAUGGAGCUUUCUGGACCAAGAUAAUGUUUAUACAGUUUUUCUUUUUUCUUCAUUACAAAGAAUCCCAAAAUCCCAACAUGUAUUUUCCUACAGAAUGAGACAUUAUCAAAGUGAGUCUGUCAUAUGUCAGCCUCAUGUUGAGGCUCCUGUGUUAGUGGAGAUAACUCGUAAUUGUACAGUUCAAGUUCACGUGCUCAUAAUAGUAAUAUUGGAUUGAAUUUUGCUCGAAA